GGAAGAGGGGCGCUCCGGCUGGGGUCGGCCUGGCACGCUGCCUGCCACUCGCCUGGCGUCCAGCUAGACGCUGGGUUAGCCUUUCGUCCGUCCUACCCCCCCCCCCCCCCUUGGGAACAGAAAUUCGGGCUCUGCUGCAAAGCCAGAAAACCUGGCUAGAUUGGAAAAUUGGGCGCAUCAAGGAGGGGAAAUCGUACCCCUGGGUGGCUGAAUGCAGCCGACUCUACGAAAGCCUUCUUUAUAUACCCAUGAUUUGCUAUUGCGUCUCCCCUUCCGGUUGAAUGGAUCGCUCCGCCGCCUGCUUCCUCCCCAGCUCCCUGUGUGCAGUGGAAUAUUCCAUUGCCCCUCCGGUCCGUGGUUCGUGUUGCAGGGGACGCUCUCUCUGUUGUCAGGGAAAGCCCCGGACGUGACGGCUUUGCGCGACCCCGAGCACCCCCCUUCCCAUCCGUCAUCCUCCUGCGCGCUCUCCUGGUCCCCCUUUCCCUCCUACCCGGUGGAUUGCAGACUGGGUACAAGUAAACAGCUGGCGGAGCGAAGCCUCCAGACCCAGGCCAGGUAGGAGCAUGCCGGGGCUAUGGAGGCAGAGGCUUCCUUCGGCGUGGGUUUUGCUCCUCCUGCCAUUCCUGCGGCUGCUGAUGCCCGCAGCUCCCGCACCCCACCGCGGGUCCUACAAGCCAGUGAUCGUGGUGCACGGGCUCUUUGACAGUUCCUACAGCUUCCGCCACCUGCUGGACUACAUCAAUGAGACACACCCCGGGACUGUGGUGACAGUGCUUGAUCUCUUCGAUGGCAGAGAGAGCUUGCGGCCCUUGUGGGAGCAGGUGCAAGGGUUCCGAGAGGCUGUUGGCCCCAUCAUGGAAAAGGCUGCUGAAGGGGUGCAUCUCAUCUGCUACUCCCAGGGGGGCCUGGUGUGCCGGGCGUUGCUGUGUGUCAUGGAUGAGCACAACGUGGAUUCUUUCAUCUCGCUGUCCUCUCCACAGAUGGGGCAGUAUGGAGACACGGACUACUUGAAGUGGCUCUUCCCGACAUCCAUGCGGUCUAACCUCUAUCGGAUCUGCUAUAGUCCUUGGGGCCAGGAGUUUUCCAUCUGCAACUACUGGCAUGAUCCUCACCACGACGACCUGUACCUCAAUGCCAGUAGCUUCCUGGCCCUCAUCAACGGGGAAAGAGACCAUCCCAAUGCCACUGCGUGGCGAAAGAACUUUCUCCGCGUGGGCCGUCUGGUGCUGAUUGGGGGUCCUGACGAUGGAGUCAUCACCCCUUGGCAGUCUAGCUUCUUUGGUUUCUACGAUGCCAACGAGACGGUCUUGGAGAUGGAGGAGCAGCCGGUUUAUUUGCGAGACUCCUUUGGGUUGAAGACUCUCUUGGCCCGGGGGGCCAUAGUGAGGUGUCCGAUGGCUGGGAUCUCUCAUACCACCUGGCACUCCAACCGCACGCUCUAUGAUACUUGCAUCGAACCAUGGCUCUCCUGAAGAUGCCCUCAGGAAUCCCCCAGCCCAGAGACCAAGUGGUGGCCUUGGGAAACAGAUGCCAGGCUCCCACACUGCCCCACCCCACCAGGGCUCCCUGAAUCCUCCCCUCCCUCCUCUGUGAAUGACAAGUCCUGGUCCCCUACCUCAUGUCCUCUUCUGGGGUGUCUCCACACUCCUUUUCUCCCACGGCUGAGGUUGGGAAGCGAGCACCAGGUUUUUAACUGGCUUCACCGCGGCUGCUGCUCCUCCGGGUCUGGCUGUACCGGAGGAGAACCCAGCCCCUGCCCACCACAGGGGCCCUUCCAGGCCACUCAGGACAUUUUUAGCUUCUGUUUAGUGUCCCACUUUUCUCGACUUCCCUGUCGCCAGCCUCCCCACCAAGAGGGACGCCCGUGAGGGGUUCUGAGGUUCCCCUAUGGGGACAGCUCACUUCUGAAGUGUCAGUGUUGGGGAAUAUCUGUGGCCUGCAAGGCCCAUCUCAGGUUUGGGGAUCCCCCAGUCCCUAUGAUCAGUGUUGGGGUACCCCCUGGGAGCCUAGGUUCUUUAAGGCCCCAGCCCCUCUUUUAACGACCCCUGAGUGGGUGUUCCCUGUAUUUAUAAAAAUAAAGUUCCCUUUCCUCA